AUGGCAGACCCGAUGCUAGACGAACCUGACAUGGACGAGCUUUAUCCGGAGCCUGACAAAGGGAAGAAAGCUAAAAAGAACAAAAAGAAGGCGACCAAGGCGCUUGCGGAGGAUCUGGAUGACGACGAACUGUUGGAGAAGGCCCGAGAAGCUCGUCAACAGGCUGAAGCGAAAAUUAUAAGUGAACAACCUCCAUCGCCGCCUUUGGACACUGAAAACGGUACAACCCCGGAAACCAAAGCCGCAUCAAAAAAAGCUGUAACUGCCGAUCCUGAUCCCAAAACCACGUCGGGUCCUCCUGAGAGUGAUCCAAGCCUUCCAGCACCCAAAAAUGUCCCGGCUGCUCCAACUGCUGACAACGAGGAUGGUGGCAUGGAUGAUGAAGGCCAGCCUGCAGGCACAACAUCUAAAAAUAAAAAGAAGAAGAAAAAGGCUGGCGAAAAGGCCGAACCUGCAAAGGAAGAGCCCAAAAAGAAAGUCGGGGGUAAACUGUCGGCACUUCGAGCAGCGAUGGAAGAGCGUCAAAGAUUGGAAGCUGCAGCGAGGGCACAAGCCGAGGAGGAGGAGCGCUUGAGGCGAGAGGAAGAGGAGAAAAUCGAAGCUGAAGAAAAGCGCAAAGAAGAAGAAAAGGCACGGAAAAAAGAAAGGGAAAAGGCUAAAAAAGAGGAAUUACGGAAAGCAGGCAAACUGUUAACUCCCAAGCAGAAAGCAGAGAAAGCUGCCGCUGAGCUUCGACUAAAGGCCCUCGUCGAGUCGGGCGCCGUGGUAGUGGGAAUACAAGAACGCAAUGAAACCGCCCCGUCAUCUGGUGCGAAAAAGGUUACAUAUGGAAACCGAAAAAAAAAUCCGAAGAAGGAGGCCACGAAUGACGUUAUGAAGCCCGAAUCUAAACCGGAAUCUGUUCCUGAUGUCAGCAAGCUUGAAAUUGCCGACACUUCCUCGCCUUCAGCCAUUCAAUCCCCCCCACCACCUCCCCCUGAGCCUCCCGUUCCCGAAGCACCAGACGUAAAGGAUGAUUGGGAGGCCGAAAGUGAUGAUAUUAAGGAUGAUUGGGAUGCAGGAAGUGAAGAUGACGAAAAGGCGAAACCUACCCUGGCAAAGCAAACUAGCAAGAAAUUGGGAAAACCUCAAGAAGCUUCGAGUUCAUCGAAACCCAACACCGCCAGCGAAAACAAAUCCUCAGCUAGCGCUAAAGCUUCUGGAAAGCAAUCUCAGGCACCUUCCAAGUCAAAUAAACCUGACGCACGACCAAAGGAUAAACUCGUAAGCGAGUCAAAAGCUAAGCCAAGUGGCUCUAAAACUACAGGCACCACUGCCAAAGUAGAGGUUACGAAAGAAGCCAGCAAAUCGGAAGAAUCUGACGAGGAGUCGGAUUCAGAUUCGGAUGAUUCAGAUUCAGACUCCGGUUCUGGUUCAGAUUCCGAUUCGGAUUCGGAUUCAGAUGAUGAUUCGGACGAGGAAGGCCGAAAAAUGUCGACUGCUCGCCAGAUGGCUGCACAGAAAAAGGCUGACGCUGCUGCAAGAAGAAUCAAGCGUCAUGAAGAGGCGAUGGCUGCUCGGAAACCUGAAGAUAUGCGCAGUCCUAUAUGUUGUAUUUUAGGACAUGUCGAUACUGGGAAAACAAAACUUCUAGACAAGGUUCGGCAAACUAACGUUCAAGAAGGUGAAGCAGGAGGAAUUACUCAACAAAUCGGUGCCACAUUUUUCCCUAUGGAAGCGAUCAAGCGGAAAACUGCCGUCUUGGCUGAAAACGACCUCAAGCAAUACAAGCUUCCCGGGCUGCUGAUGAUUGACACACCCGGACACGAGUCAUUCACGAACCUGCGUAGUCGAGGAAGUUCACUUUGUAAUAUUUCAAUCUUGGUUGUCGAUAUCAUGCACGGUCUAGAACAGCAGACUCUCGAAUCUUUGAAGCUUCUUCGUGAUAAGAAAACCCCGUUCAUUGUCGCCCUCAACAAGAUCGAUCGUCUAUAUGGUUGGACGGCCAUCAGAGACAAUGCAUUCCGAGAUUCGCUUUCUAAACAAGUCCGACCUGUUCAACGGGAGUUUGAGACUCGUCUCGAAUCUAUCGUCCUCGCGUUCGCGGAACAAGGACUUAAUGCAGUACCUUACUACGAAAAUACGAAUUACUCAAAAAACGUCUCACUGGUUCCCACUUCAGCCGUCACCGGGGAAGGUGUACCUGACCUGCUGAUGUUGCUAAUCAAAUUAACUCAGGAGAGGAUGUCGGAAAGAUUGAUGUACCUCUCUGAACUCGAGUGUACUGUUCUGGAGGUUAAAGUAAUCGAGGGACUAGGGACAACGAUCGAUGUUGUGCUGUCAAAUGGUGUCCUCCGAGAGGGUGAUAAAAUCGUUGUUUGUGGACUUAAUGGCCCAAUCGUGACACAAGUCCGGGCGCUUCUUACACCACAGCCUAUGAAGGAACUAAGAAUCAAAGGCCAAUACGUCCAUCACAAGGAAGUCAAGGCUUCACUCGGAAUCAAAAUCGUUGCCCCUGAUCUUGAAAAGGCUAUUGCAGGCUCUCGUCUACUGUUGCUAACCGAAGACGAUGACGAGGAAGAUUUGAAGGAGGAGGUGAUGGGCGAUUUGACAAAUUUGAUGAGCAAUGUCGAUAAAUCUGGUCGAGGUGUUUGCGUACAGGCUUCGACUUUGGGCUCCUUGGAAGCACUGCUAGAGUUCUUGAGGACAAGUAAAAUUCCGGUUUCUGGGAUCAACAUUGGCCCGGUAUAUAAACGUGAUGUGAUGCGGGCCGGUACGAUGUUGGAGAAGGCUAAGGAGUUGGCGGUGUUACUGGCGUUCGAUGUACCGAUUGACAAGGAUGCCGAAAAAUUGGCUGAGGAAACAGGUGUCAAAAUUUUCAAAGCCGAUAUCAUUUAUCAUUUGUUUGACGCCUUCACGGCUUACAAUGCUGAUAUUAUGGAGGCCAAGAGAAUCGAUUCUGCGCCGAUCGCGGUCUGGCCAUGUCGACUGAAGAUUAUUCAAGCUUUUACAAAGCGUGAUCCCAUUAUUGUUGGCUGCGAUAUCCUGGAAGGUACUUUGAAAGUUGGCACCCCACUGUGUGUCGUGAAAGUCGAUCCGACUACGAAGGCACGUACGACAAUUCCACUAGGAAAAGUUACAUCCCUAGAAAUUAAUCAUAAAUCGGUCCAGAGUCUUAAACGAGAGCAAGCCGGGGCCGGUGUAGCGGUCAAAAUUGAACACGCCUCUUACCAAUCCGCCAUGACUUACGGUCGUCAAUUCGACGAUAAAGAUGAGCUGAUCAGUCAAAUUAGCCGACAAUCUAUUGACGUUCUCAAAAACGUAUUUCGGGCAGAGGUUUCCAAAGACGAAUGGGCUCUGGUCGUUAAGCUUAAAAAAGAGUUGAUGAUCGAUUAG